UCUUUUACACACAGAAAGAAAGGAAACAGAGUCCUUUUUCUAUAAAAUUAAAAAAAGAAAUUACAUUGAAGAUUCAAUUUCCUCUAGAAAUUCAAAUGGAAUCCUAUUACUUUUCGUUCUCCGAUUCAGAUUUCUCGACGGAAUGUUCACUCGGAUCACCGGAGGAAUUGUCGUUUUCAUGGAGCGAUUUUUUCUCGAUAAACAGUGUGCUAGAAAACUCACUCUCACUGACGGAUGAGUUUCUCGGCCAUCAACCAUCGGAAUCGGAAUUGAAGAUUGCGGUGAAGGAAGAAAUCGAAGUGAGUUCGAUUGAUUUGGAGAGGGAGAAAGAGAGAAAAACGACGGAGAAGAAUUACAGAGGAGUGAGGCGGCGGCCAUGGGGGAAGUACGCGGCGGAGAUUAGGGAUUCGACAAGGCAAGGAGUUAGGGUUUGGCUUGGGACUUUCGAUAGUGCCGAAGCCGCGGCUUUAGCUUACGAUCAAGCGGCGUAUUCGAUGAGAGGAGCACUGGCGGUGCUGAAUUUUCCGGUGGAAAUGGUGAGGGAAUCGCUGCAGGAGAUUAAGUAUGAAUUGGAAGAAGGAUUGUCACCAGUGGUGGCUUUGAAGAGAAAACACUCGCUAAGAAGGAAGUCAGGGGCGGCGGCGAAAAGCCAGGGGGUGGCGGAGACGAAGAAGAUGAAGAAAAAGAAGAAUGUAGUGAUUUUGGAAGAUUUGGGAACAGAGUAUUUGGAGGAACUUUUGAUGCUGAGUUCAUGCGAGAGUAGUAGUAGUAGCAGUAGUAUGAGUCCUUUCUGAGAUGUUCUUUCUUCUUCUUCUUUAGAAGUUUUCAUGGCUCUUGAAUUGUCUUACGCCAUUAAAUUUCACUUGUCAAUACUGUAAUUUUCUUCCUUUUUUUUCAUACCCUUCAUUCAUGUAAUAUUAAAACCUUGGAUUUUCUGGAAA